GAUUAUCAGAUCUUUAUUCUCGUUUUAUGUAUUUCUAUGUCCUGUACUUUUUCUGGAAAUGCCUAAACCAUGGAAUCCUUAACAAAGUCCCUCAUGAAGAUCCUCCCAGAAAAUUGCAGUACCAGCAAUCUGUCACCCCCAGGAAGUCUUCUGGGUCAAUCUGAAAUGCCCAUUCCACGAUCUCUGAAAGUUAAGGCAUGCUUUUUUCAUUCUCUCUCAGGGCAACGCAUGGCGAUCAAGGUUUCUGCUUCACCUCAUUUCCCAUCGGAAGGAAAGGUUUUGAGGGGCUUAAAGACUGCAGGGACUGCAAUUAGAGAUCCGUCAAAAACUGUUCAUGUGAAAUUUCAGUUGCAAAAGGACUGUUGCUUUGGCGAGCAAUUUCUCUUGGUUGGUAAUGAACCUAUUCUUGGUUCUUGGAAUCCCAGGAGUGCAAUACCACUUAACUGGUCUGAUGGAGACAUAUGGACUGUUGAAUUGGAGAUUCCUCCUCAACGUUCAAUCCAAUUCAAGUUCCUGCUCAAACAAAGCACAGGAGAUAUAAUGUGGCAGCCUGGUCCAGACCGAAUUUUUCGAACUUGGGAAAGCAAGAACACCUUAGUCAUUACUGAAGAUUGGGACAAUGCUGAGGUUCAGAAAAUCAAUGAGGAAACAGUGGUUAAUAAAAAUGAGGAUCUGGUUGUUAAACCUGACUCGAAAACAGCAGUGGCCAAUGCAGAAGCAGAAGAUGGUUCCACUGUUAGCAGCACUGAUGAGUUCAUCGCUGCUAGAAGGAUCAUAUCAAAUAAGGGACUUAAUACAGAAGACUACAGUGAUGAGGAGACAUUAUUCACUCAUGAACAAGAAUUUCCUGUUCUGGUACCUGGUUUAGCUCCCACGUCUACUGAAGAAGGAAUCUCCAGGGAGUUUGGGAAUCAGUCAUUACUAAGAACCCAGAUUGGAGAUGCAGUUGACAUUCAGGGCAUUCACUGAGGCAACUUGUAAUUGAUAAAUGCACUCUACAGUUAAAUCGAUCUGGUAUCAAUCUAGGCAGAUUAAAACUCUUUAUUGUGGUGUGUUGCUUCUCCCUGUUCUGGAAACUGUUACUAGCCCUAGUAGUUUCUGAUUGAAUUAAGGAGCUCAAUUAGU